AGGAUGGCUAUAAAAAUUCCAAAUAUUAUUCCCUUAUAUAAUGCUAAAACUAGGAGAUUAAUUCCUAUCUUUCCCAUGAUUGAUUUUGACACGGAUUUUAAAAUUUCUAGACCCCGACACCAAAAGAAAUCCGGUCGAAUCCCGCUGGAGUCAUUUCAUCACCAUAUUAAUAUUCGCAGUUCGCAGCCAAAAUCAUCCCUUAACCUUAAACGGCCCACUUCUCAUUCACGUUUCCCUUUUACUUAAGUUUACCCAGUUUCUGUAUUAUUACCCCCUCCACUAACUUGAGCAAGUUUCGCGCGAUCGCCGCAGCACAUAGCGCAUGCUGCAUCUCACAAUAAGGCAAAAUGUAAACAACAUUCCAUUCCAUUCAAUCUUUACAUGAAAGGCAGACGGAAUGCAGUCACCUGUGCUGCCUCUAAAUUUUCCGAAAUGCAUUUUCUGCGAAGCCCCUGUUGUCGACGGGUCGUUGUAUUUACCGGAUGUCGAUUUUACGAAACUCAAGAACUGGUGGGCUAGUGGUGGAUCAGGCAUAGAAAUCGAUGAGGACUUUAUCCGUGAUGAGUACUGCUGCAUGAACUGCGCCCGUGAAGCUAGGCUUCUGCAUGAAUUGUUUGAGGGUCGUGAUGGCGACGUAUGGUGGCCAACAUCUGGAGAUCCAUAUUAUGAAUAUUUCCAAAAUGGACACAUAACAUCAUGUUCAGUUCAACUAAAAAAGUUGACUGAUGAAGAGGUAGCCUUCCAUACAAAAGCGUCAGGCGUGGUGAUCAAGACCGAAUAUUCAAGUGACAGUGAUUUGUAUGUGAACCAGCUAUCCCCUUUGUUAGGAAAAGAUUUAUUUUCUGUUAAGGAGGAGCCUCCAUCUAGCGUUUCGCCUCCCGCUAGUCCACGUCCUGCGAGCUUAUCAGGUAUUGGGUAUAGUUCGCCGAGAAAAAGAAAAAAUCCCAACAAAGAGUCACCUUCAGAUGUGAGUUUAGACCAAUACAUUUUGUCAGAAGACGUUGUCUGUUUUUUCUGUCAAGAGAAAGGACCGAGAAAAACGUUUUUCCAGGAGCACAUGAGCUCCAAAACUUGCGACUUGUGUGAGAAGAAUUUCAGUUGCGCAGGUCUGUUGCGGAAUCAUCAAUUGUCGUGCACAAAUGGUGCUGCCAUUCUGCAAGAAAAGGACUUCCUGGUUGCCACAGAGCCAGCAAACGUACCAGCCCUUGCGACUAGCUUCAGAUGCAUGUUUUGCUUGGAGGUCUUCAACGCCAAACCCAGCCUUGAUGAACAUAUGGGAAAGGUGCACAAUAAAACGUCCAGUUCAGUUUUCAAGUGUGGCGAGUGCAACAAAAAUUUAAUCGGAACGCUGACACUGCAGCAGCACAUGGUAAAUAUCCAUGCUUUCAAACAGCACGCUCAGUUCCGAUUAAUGCACAACGCGAAUAGAAUUGCGAGUGUUUUGCCUGCUGACUCGAUUGCAGUCAAGUGCGAAAGCUGUGGCGCUGUCAUGAGCGAACGCACGCUGGAGGCGCACAUGAGUGAAAACCACCCCAAUCUAACAACAAAAAGCACAGAGGUCUUCCCGUGUAAUAACUGCGAUUUCGCUGCCAAAUCCCAAUCGGAGUUGACUGAGCACAACUUGAAACAGCAUCCAGACUAUGAAACUUUCAAAUGUGAUGCAUGCGAAGCCACAUUCCAGUCCGAGAUACCGUACAUGUACCACGUAUGCCACAAGCGUGUCAAAGAGACGUGCGUCGACUGCAGCUUGAACAUGUAUGGCUUCUUCCUGCCCUUGCACAGGACGGUACAGGAUCACAAACCAAACUGCAGAAACCCGCCAAAAUGCCAGACGAUGGUGAAGGUGCACGAGCUGUCCAGAGUCUUCUGCAAAUUCUGCAAAAUCAAGCUGUGCAGCAUGGAGGACCUGGUGGUGCACACGGCCAAGACGCACAACUUGGAGCACGCCAUCCAGUUGCAGGGGCUGCAGUUCAAGGCGCUGGGCCACCUGUGCAAAAAGUGCCAAGUGUAUUUCCCGAGCGAGCAGAGCUUGGAGAACCACCGAACCGUGUUCCACGUCAACCCCAACCAGCACGCGUGCCGCUUCUGCGGCCUGCUAUUGGGCUCCCUGCCCAACCUGCAGAAACACCUGGACGUGGUGCAUCAACUGCAGGGAAGGGGGCAUCACUGCCAAACCUGCAACCUCUUCUUCUUCUUUGACGCUGAGUUCAAGCGGCACGAGAAACAAAACAAAUGCCGCGAGCCGCCUUACGAGUCGUGCGCCAAGAGGCUGCGACGCAACAUGAUAAAGAAACUAAAGAGUUCAAAAAAGUUCCCAGGGAACGAGGAGAUUUACUGCAACAUCUGCAACCUGCGCUACUCCAGCAUAAUUCGUCUGGAGGAGCACGUGCUGGUGGUGCACAACGCGCUUAUGCCGCAGAACUGCAUGAUUUGCGACAAGAACUCCACCAGUGUGAUGGACAUGCUGAAGCACGUGCUGUUCAAUCACCUGCUGCGCCCGGAGUUCGCCGAAGAGGUGGUGUCGCGUUCCAGGGAGAAGAUAAAAUGCAACAUAUGCCUGCAGGAGAUGCUCAAAGUAGACGUCAAAAAGCACCUGGAGGUCAGACACAAGAAUGACCUGAUCGUCUUACUUACUGCUAGGCUUCAGUCCUCGUCGUUUGAGUGCGAAUACUGCGAGAUGGGCUUCACGAAGACGGAGCUCCUGCUGGCACACUUCACAGAGAUUCACCUAGAAAACGUGGCCAACGUCUGCAUCUACUGCCGGGAGUACUGCAGCAAGUGGAACAACGUGACGACGCACAUCAAUGCGAAUCACUUGAAACAACCAAAUAGCUGCAUCUUGUGCAAAUGCGACGUCAACCCUUACGACGCCGUCUCGCACUACGCUAAGCACAUGGACGAGAUCAAAAAUUCAGAGGGAAUCUGCACGGCCAACUCACUUGCUCAGCCAGCUGUCCCAAGAGAAAGUGACGUCGAAGCUGCCACCGUCAGAGUCGCCGAACAAGAAGGAUCCGCCCUGCAGGCAGUCGCCGACUCCACCACGCCUACCUCCGCGGACAGCCAGGAGUGCGCCUUCUGCAAGGUGGUCAUGCCCACGGGCGACAUGGCGCAACACAUAACCGACGUGCAUUUCCCCAAAUCUGAAGAGCUGCAGGCGAAGACCCUGUCCUCCCCAAUGGACCUUCCAAAGUGCGUUUUCUGCGACAUGCACUGUUCGACUGGAGAAAUGGCGCGUCACAUAGUGGAAGUGCACUUUCCCAAACUGCAGGAAGAAUCUUCAAUAGAAAGGCCAAAAAAUCAAAAAGUGAAGUGCCAGUUCUGCAGCGCGACUAUCCUUGCUAAUAAUAUGCGACGCCACAUUAAAAAUGUUCACAAAGAGCUUUUGUCAGAAGCAAACCAGGUUCAAAGCCCAAUGAGUGGGUCAUCAGUUCGCUCUGACAUGAUUCUCACGCACCUCCCAGAUGGUAAUACCUGUCGAUCGAAGCGUACAAAGAAAACCAUGUGGUCCAUGUGCACCAUAUGCCACAAAUGGAUGCAUCCAGGCGGGUUGAACAGGCAUACUUCGGAAGUGCACGGAAUGUCACCGCUUAAAUCUGGCGCUGCUGAAGUAAAAUUGGAAUAUGACGAGGAAGACGCAUUGUCGAUUUAGUUUUGCUGUCGUUUUAUUAAAUGAGGAAGACCCAUUUUAAGAAAAAUGCUGUCAAUAAAAACUUUGAUGACAUGU